UGCUCCUCAUAACAGCCAGCUGUCAGCUUAGGUGCCCUACGUCGAGUUCCCAGAUCAGAGUUACUAUGAAGCCCGGACCCAGUCGUUCAACCGCCAGCUUGUCCUCCACCACAACGCUUGUCUGUGAAGAGUCGAAGCCACAAGACCAUGAGAUAAGCUCCAAGAUUAAAGAGGAUCUGGCGCAGCAAAAAAAGGCGAGGAAGAGCCGGACCAAGGGCACAUCUACCGCCCAAGGGACUAGCACCGACGAGGAGCAGUCCAGGGCCGGAAUACUGCGGCAGCAGCGGGCUGAACUCCUGUGGAAGACGUUCACGGAUGAGGAGUACUCCGACUGGAAGACGUUCAAGGACAACAACUACAAGGUGCCGCUGCGCUCGGUGUUCUCCUACGUGAAGUGUGAUCCCGGUCCCCAUGUAGUACUCAAUCUGCCGCCCAAGAUGCCGGGGUCGCAAUUGGUGGCCGAGAUGAUGAAGGGCAACCAUGGCGCCUUCAUCCGCGUUCGGAUCGGGAAGCACAAAUUCAGGUGCAUACCCAGCCUGCUCAAGUGCUUCUCGGUGUGGUUUGGCAGACGCGACUGGCGGAUAACCCGCUUCAAGUUCGAGGAGUGGGAGGUGCCUGCCCGCGGCUUUGAGGUCGCCUACGAGUGGAUGCGCACCGAGAAGCUGCCAGGCUUCGAGGUGUUGGUGCCCGCACUCCAAGUUGCGCGCCACCUGGGCGUGAGCCUGCUGGAGAAGCAAAUCUGGAGGAUGCUGUCCGGCAAGUCGGUGCGCGAGAAGAGCGCCUUCAUGCUCUAUCUGGAGGCUAGGCAGCAGCCGGCGCUCGGCCAGCUUUGCGAGGCGAUGAUGCGCCGGCUGAGGAAGUACUUCCUGGCGCUGGUGGGCAGCCAGCAUUUUCUGCGCCUGAAUGUGGACAUUCUAGAAGUGCUACUGCGCCAGGACACCAUCGGCGUCAACUCGGAGAUGGAGGUGUUCUUUGCCGUGCUGCGCUGGCUGGGCAAAUCUGGCGAUUUGAAGCGCCUGACGCACUUGGGCCGUCUGAUGAAGUGCGUCCGCUUCCACCAUAUGCCCAUGACUUUUUUGUUCAGCCUGCGCGAGUCUUGCAAUCGUCCGGACAAGGCGGAGCUCUUUUGCGAUGAUCCCGUGCUGCUGGCAUUCAAUGAGGACCCGGCUACAAUGCCCACGCUGGAGCGCGCCAUAUCCUUCAUCGGUGUGCGCAGCCAGUACGCAGAACUCGAGGAGUUCCUGACCGUCUGCGAGGGCCACCACAUGGACGUGGUCUUCCCGCGUCGUUGGGUCUACCACAUCAAGUGCCCGUACCACCUGCGCAGCAUUGAAUUCCCCUACCAGCACCGCUUCACUGCCUCGGAAUUCGGCACCUACAUUGACAGCAUCCAGAACGAAUGGGAGGGCCAGGGGCCGGCGGACCACGGAAGGUCCCUGGUCAUCGAAUUGGAGCCAGAUCCCAUGCUAGUCAGGCAGACGAUUGGGAAGGCCGGGGAGUGACCCCAUGCAUAUUUCAUACUUGUUUACUGUUUUCUACCGAUGUUUUCGAUACCAAGCAUUGCAAUGUGCAGCCGCACCUUUUCGAAUUAAAUUAAAGUUGCUUAA